CAUCAGUCACAACCACAAGACCACAACCACCAUUCCAUCCACCACACAGACAAGAUAACACAACAUCACUGCCACUGAUAACACAGCAUCACUGCCACUGAUAACACAGUCUUGCAGUAACUGUUGACGCAGAUCAACAUCAACAUUUACCUACUUAACAAAAAGAUUCCUCAAGUGCAUCAUUAUACACAAAUUUGUCACAUAAUUAAUGCAUCUGUGUAAAAAUAUCGACUUUAUGAAAGUUUCUUAGCGUCUUGACCUGGAUAUAAACGAAUUAUAAUACAGCAAAGAAGGAAAAUAAUUCGUUGUGAAACUCUCAUAAAAGACAAUGGCAUCCACCAUUGUUAGAGGUGCUGUCCGAGUCCUUGGGACAGUGGCAGCAGUUCGUACACCGAGAGUCAUCAAGAACAGCAGAUACAUUACAGCAACAGUGUUUGCUUCAGGAGGAGUCCUACUGUAUUCCUCCUAUAGUGGAAAGGUUGACGCUGCUCAGAAAUGUUCUAACCUAGACACUUCUACCUUCAUGGCUGAGCCUAUUACAGAACUGAGGAUUUUAGAGGAAAACUCAGAGGAUAUGAAGACUAAGAUGGAAUUGCUUAUUUUGAGAAUUCAGUCAGAGUUUUGUCGAGCACUAGAACAAGAGGAUGGGAAGCAGGCAAAGUUCACAGUUGAUAGAUGGAGACGCCACAAUCCUAACGAAGGUGGAGGUAUCACCUGUGUCCUGCAAGAUACAGAGACAUUUGAGAAGGCCGGUGUAAACAUCACAGUCAUGUCUGCCCCACUCUCCAAACAGCUUCAGGCUAGCAUGAGGGCAAGAGGCAAGGAGCUGCCUGAAGACAAGCAGUUUACAUUUUUUGCUGCUGGCAUUAGUUCUGUGAUUCACCCGCGCAACCCUCACGUACCCACAAUUCAUUUCAACUACAGAUACUUUGAGAUGCAAGAUGAGGAUGGAAAAAAUAAACAUUGGUGGUUUGGGGGUGGUACUGACUUGACCCCAUAUUACCUUGACGAAGAUGAUGUCAAGCACUUUCAUAGUGUUCUAAAAUCAGCAUGUGACCGCCAUGACCCUCAGUAUUAUCCAAAUUAUAAGAAAUGGUGUGACGACUACUUCCACAUCCAGUAUAGAGGAGAAAGACGAGGAAUUGGUGGUAUUUUCUUUGAUGAUUUGGAAGCAGACAAUGCUGGUGGUGUGUUUAACUUUGUGAAGGACUGUGCAGAAGCUGUAAUUCCCUCAUAUAUACCUUUAGUGAAAAAACACAAGAAGGAUGCAGUCUCAGAGGCAGAGCGAAGAUGGCAGCUACUGCGACGAGGCCGCUACGUAGAGUUCAAUUUAGUAUAUGAUCGUGGAACCAAGUUUGGGUUUGCAACACCCAAUGCACGUAUUGAAAGUAUACUCAUGUCUCUUCCUCUACAAGCACGCUGGGAAUACAUGCAUAAACCAGAGCCUGGCUCACCAGAGUUCAAGAUAACUGAGGUUCUAAAAAAUCCACGAGAAUGGGUGUAAUAUUUAAGCAAGAGAAUCCUUUAUACAAUUGCCAUGUCCAUCUUAAAAUGUGGUGUUUAUUUUAAUGGCAGUUUACAAGUAGACGGGAAAGAUAUAUGAAAAGAGGUACACACACUGAAGCUGGUAUUCACAGGGAUUAUGUACCUGAGGUUAACUCAGAUGUCAAACCUCGAAUAACACACUUGACCACUGUGUUAUAAUGGUCAUGUUUAAAUUUACCAUAUGUGUUGUGAAAGAUAUACAACUGAUAGGAGGUGAUUUCAGAUAAUACCUAAAUAAUAUGAGGGGAGUAAUAAUUCCUUAAAUAAACUUAUAAUUGGCUCUCAACACUUGACCUACUAAGACUUUAUCUGAUGUGAUUAUAAGUUUAUUGAGGAAUUUAUACCUGGAGAUACCUGGAGAGGGUUUCAGGGGCCAAUGCCCCUUGGCCCAGUCUGUGACCAGGCCUCUGAAUAAGUGACCAAUCCACCUAAAUUCAUUUUUUUUUUACUUAACCAUUUUUUCUCUUUUUAACAUUAGCCAUAUCCCAUUGAGGUAGGGUGUACCUGGAGUAUACCUGGAGAGGGUUUUGGAGGUCAACACCCCUGCAGCCUGGUCUGAGACCAAGCCUCGUAGUGGAUCAGGGUCUGAUCAACCAGGUUGUUACUGCUGACCGCACACAAACUGACAUAUGAACCACAGCCUGGCUGGUCAGGAACUGACUUUAGGUGCCUGUCCAGUGCCUUCUUGAAGACAGCCAGGGUUCUGUUGGUAAUCCCCCUUAUGUAUGCUGGGAGGCAGUUGAACAGUCUUGGGCCCCCUGACACUUAUUGUGUUGUCUCUCAUUGUACUCGUGGCACCCCUGCUUUUCAUUGGGGGAUUGUUUCAUCUCCUGGGGAGUCUUUUGCUUACAUAGGGAGUGAUUUUUCAUGUGCAAGUUUGGUACUAAUCCCUCUAGGGUUUUCCAAGUGUAUAUUAUCAUGUAGCUCUCUCGCCCAUGUUCCAGGGAAUACAAAUCAAGGGACUUCAACCACUCCAGCCGACCCAAAAAAAGAACAAAUGCUUUCACCAUCAUUCAUUCAGUCACUGUCUUGUCAGAACAGUGUUGGCAUCACAGUUUAAAUGACCCUCUGAACUGCUAUGUCCCCACCCCUCUAGAGUAGUAGUAGAAGUAGAAGUAGUAGUAGUAGUAGAAUUAGUAAUAGUAGUGGAGGAAAUCUAAGGAUAAGAAAAAAGUAACACUGCAACAAAGCUAAUAGUCCAUGAGGGUGGGACCAAAGACACGGGGAAAAAAUAAAGAACAGGACACACCUAGGUAGAAGAAAGGAAGAGAAAGAAAAUAUAGGAAAGGAGAGGAGGUAAGGAGAAGAAAAGAUCAGGUCAAGUCUCAAGUGUUCUGAAAUUUGGAGCAUUUGACAAUGUAACAAGAAAGGAAGGCAUCUACGGAGACAGCCAGGACCAAGAUUCAUAUUAGGAAAAUUGUACAUAAGGGAUACUUCAACAAGACGGCAUCUGUGAAGGCUAGAAGAACGGUAGACAGUUUUGGCAGAGGACUAUUUAAUAUGUGCAGAUUAUUUGUGUAUUAUUCCAGUAACAGUAUUGUGCCUUUUUGUUCUUUUCAUCUUAUGUUAUUUUGGUUAGGUUAGAUUAUAUUUUACCUCAGUUAACCAAAUUUAACCAAUGAUAACAUACAGUACUUAAACAACAAUAAAUGAAAUAUUAUGGUUAGAUAAGUAUGUUAUAUGUAUAUGUGAACACAAAACCACCAUGGCCUGGUUAGGAGUGUCCCAUGGCCUGGUAGGCAAUGCUCUAGCUUCACAUACAAGAGUGUCUGUGGUCCAAAACCUGGCAAGGGUUUAAACAUUGGGUGUGUUUCCUCACACCUGUUGUCCCCGUUCACCUAGCAAGCAAGUAGGUACCUGGGUGUUAAUUGACUGGUAUGGCUCAUAUCCUGGGGGACAAGAUUUAACGACCCCCAUUUGAAGUAAGACAGAUAGUCAUCAAUGAUGCACUGACUUUCCUGGGUUAUCUUGGGUGGCUAACCCUUCUGGGUUAAAAAUCCAAACAAAAUCUUAUCUAAUCAAGAUGACUGAAGAAGCAUAAAAGUAAAACCCUGAGGUUUACAUUUUACUGUCACUUUCACUUUGCUUGCAGUUUAAAACUGAUGCUUGCUUAUGAGGAUUGGUUGCAGUAAGAUUUAGUCCACUUCACAUCACAUUUCAUUUGUAAACACUUCGUGUCACUUAUGUUUUGUUGUCUCUCCCUGACUUACAUGGGAUCCAUGAGUGGCAACAUGUGACUGUUUAAGUACAGUACUAUCUUCAUGAAACUGUCUGCAAGAACUUGCUGCUGAUAGUCAAGUUACACAAAUGCCAAAAUUGUAAUUACCCUAGUUUUCUUGUUUUCUCAGUAAUAAAUAUUGUGUUUUAUUGCCAGGAAUUCUUAAGACUGUUCAUUUUAUAUUCUGUACAGAGACUCCCCUGCAUACGGACAUUCAUGUUGCAAACUUUUGAUAAUACGAGCAAUUUGUGGGAAGUGCCGAAAUGUAAACAACUUGUAGUAGGUUACUCUGGUAGCAUUAUUCAAAUGUGUACUUGUGCUCUCUCCACAAAUUCAAUGUUAUUUGUGAUUAUUAUACCCCAGUAUGUCUGGUGUCAAGCACAAAAACAGUGAUGAUGCAGGUGGUAGUGCUAAGAAGUGUCAGGCCAUCACAGUGGAAACAAAGGUGGACAUAAUAAUGUAUUGAUGUUCAUAUGUGCAUAUACUGUACAAUAUACAUACAUAUUUAUUUAUUUUAUUAAUUUGAACAUGAUACAGAGAAGUACAAGGAAUACAAUUUUUAAAGUGCAGCAUGCACUUUAGGGGAGUAUCUGUAUUAUGAUAUUACGUUUAGAAUUAAAAAGUUUUAAUUAAAUUUAUACAUUUAGCAGAAACUCCUGUUUGCUUCUUGUAAUUCUUAUACUAUUAACCCUUAAACUGUCCAAACGUAGAUCUAUGUUGACGUGUGUAGUGCUCCGAACGUAGAUCUACGUCUGAUUUUACAUGCUUUCAAAUGGAGAAAAUCAAGGUUGGAGCGCUACACAUGUCACUGCAGAUCUACGUUUGGACAGUUUAAGGGUUAAUAUACAUUUUAAUUUACCCUAAAUAUUGUAAAAGAUUAAUCAGAGUUUUGACUUUGACUGAUAAAAAAAUUUGGAUCAUAGUUUAAGUCUAUGUCAAUUUUUAAUCAUCUGAAAUUGCUCAGAACACUGAAUUUGUAAACUAUAAUUGUUUUAAAUAUGUACUUAAAUAUUAAUGACAUUCCAAGAGUUGCAUUUUUCUUUGUUGAUAAUGGAUAAAUUGCACAGGGUUAACAGCUGUAUUACAGUAAUUGAUCUCAGAGAGAAAUUCCAACUUUUCUUACUGUUAAAUGCUCGAACUUUUUCCUGUGCCUUCCUUAAUUCAGAAUAUGAAGAAAAGGUAGCACUUUAAAAGCUAGUGCUCCUUAAGGCAUAUAGGAGAAUGCAAGGAGAAGCCCCUUUAGACAUGUUGAAUGAAGCAAGAUGGAGAUCCUCCGAAGACAAUAAGAAGCUCUUUAGGCAUACCUGUAUAGGAGAAAGCAAGGGUGAGCUCUUUAAGGGUUAUGGCAGAAAACAUGAUGAGCUCUUUAAGGGAUAUAGCAGAAAGCAACAAUGAGCUUUAUAAAGGAUAUAGCAGAAAGCAAUGAUGAGGUCUUUAAGGGAAAUAGCAGAAUGCAAAGGGAAUCUCCUUAAGGCAUGUAACACACAGCAAGGAGGAGCUACUUAAACCAAGAUGCUUUUCAAGGCAUGUAAUCAUUACACAAAUAGUCAAAGUUUGUCGCCUCUCCCUCCCUAGUGUAUUCACAUUCAUCCUUAAUAAACUAUUGAAGAUUGUCUGACAUAAGCAUUUUGCCAACUAAUGGUAAUUAUUGCUUGAAACAAAUGCUAUUUUUUAUAUAAAUUAAUUGUUAUACCUUUCUGAACUUAAGAUGUCUUGAUGUACAGUGUUAUAUACGUACAGUUUUGUUACAAAUUAAAGUGUAUUAUGUCUCAAAAUUUCUUGAUAUCUUACAUUUGGCAAAAAUAGCUUUAUCAUGUCACUGUAAGUAACAAUAACACCUGGAGUAUACCUGGAGAGGGUUUUGGGGAUCAACACCCCCACUGCUCGGUCUGAGACCAGGCCUCGUGGUGGAUCGGGGUUUGAUCAACCAGGCUGUUACUGCUGGCUGCGUGCAAACCGACGUACAAACCACAGCCUGGCUGGUCAGGUACCUUACUUUAGGUGCCUGUCUUGAAGACAGCCAGGGGUCUCUUGGUAAUAUCCCUUAUGCAUGCUGGGAGGCAGUUGAACAGUCUUGGGCCCUGGACACUUAUUGCAUUGUCUCUCAGUGUACCCAUGGUGCUCCUGCACCAUACUGGACAUUAUUUUCAACAUGUAUGCUGUACUGCAACAACCUUUUACUUUGUGGAUACAUGAUUUUUUUAUGUAAAUAUAAAUUUAUAUUUUUGUGUAGGAAGUACUGUACUAAUAUCUAAAAUACUUUAUUGUAUAUUAAUUCAAAUUUUAAAACUGUUUUUGUGUCUGAGUACUAGAAAUGCUUUUUAAUAGAUGGUGCUAAGUUAGUAUUUGUAGAAAUAGUGCAAUAAGAAAGAGUCUUGAUAUACAUGGCAUAGACUGACCAGUGCUGUCAGAAAAGGCUCUAAUUGGAAGUCACAAUGAUGUGUUGUGAUUCACUGGGAUAAACACCAUCCUAACAUCUUCACCAUAUAUUCAACAAAUGUUGGGUCAGAGUUUGGAAAAUAUAAGUUGUUCUUCAUCAACUUAAUACAAAUACUUUAUAAUAAUAACAAUAACAAUUUUAUUUUAGUAUGAUAACAUGUUUGUACAAAGGAGUGUAACAAUUGAGUGAACAUGCCAAAAACCCCUUUAUAUGCAGAGCAUUCUGAGCAAACUUAAGACUAACUUAAGAUUAAUAAGGCAAUAACAGAGCUGUACUUGUACAUAUGGUCAUUAGGUGAGUUACAAUGAAUACAAGAAAAUUUAAUAUCCAACUAGUUCAUGCUAUAUGGCUUUAAUAAGUUAGGUACAGAAGAAUUACAGUUUUGAUAUAGUAUAUAUUCAACAUUCAACUAUUCAGUUAUUCAUCUAUUUCCCACUCUGUUCUCUUUAUUGUUACCUUAUUGUAACUAUGAUUUAUCCUCAUUCUGGCUUUCUUCCAGUUUUAUUCAUAAUAUUGCUUUCAAGGAGGUGCCUUGAUUCUGGUGGGGUUCCUUAGAUCAGAUAUGAUUGCCCUCCAUACCUGCAGGUGCAAUAUAACCUCUAUAGAUUUAGCACUUAACCCUCUCCUCCCUGUAUAUAAUACAGUAAAAAAAUAAUAAUUAUAUUAUGUGUGAACUCUCAAGAUCAUGUUUUAAUGGAUCAUGCAAUUUUCACAAAUAUGCAGUAUUACUGCAUCAGGCUACCUUUUUUGAAGUUGAUUUACCAUGUGAUUGAACCAUGGCAGUGUAAGAAAUAGUGGUCUGUAAAACAAACCAUUGGGGUACAACAGUUACUGGAAGAGUACUGUACUUGAUUAAUGUUUUAGUGUCACUCUGACCCUCUUCAAAAGCUUGUGGAAGAGGACCUCAAUGUGAGAGCAAAAUAUACAGUAGCACAAAUUCAAUUUUGGUUUUAUAGGCUUCAUGUAGGUUUACUGUUACCACUUAGUGAUUUGUUGAGAUUUCUUUGCUUUUAUGCCUGUUAUAAAAGUCUUCAUGUGAGGAGUGUGACAGUAUAUUAAUAAAAUUGAAUGAAACUUAUGGAAUUGGAAUAACAAUUGUUAAGAAAUGUUUGUAUAGCAAAAAAAAAAAAAAAACUUUUUUUCAAGUUCUGAAUUCAGCAACAAAAUAUUGUUUUAAAUGAAAGAAAUCAAAAUACCACACGUAUAUAACAUGUAAGUUUGUGCAAUUUUAAUAUUGUACAAUAUAUUCACUAAUAAGAUGAUUCUCACCUUAUUGUGUAACUAACUUUGUUUCUCAUAUUUUAUAGACUUGUGUUUUGGUAAAGACGACAGUAUUAAGAUGAAUCAUUUACUUUUGUUGAAGUCUACAUUAGUAUUUGUUCUUUUCAUUUUUUAAUUUUUGUUUAUUUUGUAUAUUUUCAACGAUCACAAAAACAGUAUAGGUGCCAGCAUGUGAAUUGAUGAUAAUUUCAAUAAAUAAAAAUUAUUCAUGUUCAGCGCUAAACCUACGAGGGUCAUUCAGCACAAGACAUAGUGGAGGUUUGAUCCCCCAUCUGCUGAAUGCCAGACAGAUGCUCCUCCUAUUUGUACUCAGAUAAUACACCUUGAUAAUUUAAGUAGAUUAUUAAAAAGAAUUUUUGUCUUGAAAUAAUAGAUGGUGUUUUAGAUGGUUGUCUUUUCAAGAAUGGUGCUUUGAUGUUGGUCAGGGGUUUUGAUCCAAAGAUUUGGAGCUGUGCUCACCUAAUUGUGGUUGCAGGGGGUCAAGAUUAAGCCUCUUCACUGAUCGCUACUAGGUCCUCUCUCUCCCUGCUCCAUGAGCUUCAUCAUACCUCGUCUUAAAGCUAUGUAUGGUGCCUGCCUCAACUACAUCACUCGCUAAAAUAUUCCACUUUCUGACAACUCUGUGAAUGAAGAAAUACUUCCUAACAUCCAUUUGACUCAUCUGAGUCUUCAACUUCCUAUUGUGACCCCUUGUUUCUAUGUCCCCUCUCUGGACCAUCCUGUCUCUGUCUACCUUAUCUAUUCCAUGCAGUAUUUUGUACGUUGUUAUCAUGUCUCUCCUAACCCUCCUGUCCUCCAGUGUCGUCAGGCCAAUUUUCCUCAACCUUUCUUCAUAGGACAUUCCCCUUAGCUCUGGAACUAGCCUUGGUGCAAACCUUUGCACUUUCUCUAAUUUCUUUACGUGAUUAACCAGGUGGGGAUUCCAAACUAGUGCUGCAUACUCAGUAUGGGCCUGACGUACACGGUGUACAGUGUCUUGAAUGAUUCCUUACUACGGUGUCAGAAUGCUAUUCUCAGGUUUGCCAGGCACCCAUAUGCUGCAGCAGUUAUCUGGUUGUGUGCUUCCCGAGAUGUGCUCGGUGUUGUACUCACCCCAAGAUCUUUCUCCUUGAGCGAGGUUUUCAGUCUUUGGUCACCUAGCCUAUAUUCUGUUUGCGGUCUUCUUUGCCUUUCCCCGAUCUUCAUGACUUUGCAUUUGGCAGGGUAAAUUCAAGAAGCCAGUUGCUGGACCACAUGUCCAGCCUGUCCAGGUCUCUUUGUAGUCCUGCCUAAUCCUCAUCUGAUUUGAUUCUUCUCUUUAACUUCACAUCAUCUGCAAACAGGGACACUUCUGAGUCUAUACCUUCCAUCAUGUCAUUCACAUAUGUAUAUCAAAAAUAUCACUGGUCCUAGAACUGACCCCUGUGGGACCCCGCUCAUCACACGCGCCCACUAUGAUACCUCAUCAUGUACCAUGACUUGUUGUUGCCUCUUUGCUUUACUUGGAUCAUUUCUAAUUACCUUCCAUUCCCUAUGUGCUGUAUGAUUUCUAUGGGUUUUGUGCUUUUGCCAUGAUAGGAACAGUUUACAGUGUUGUAUUUAUUAGACAUAAGUAAUGUAUAUAAAGCCUUCAGGAAUUGCAUUAGAGAGCUCUUGCUGGCCACUCAACAGAUAUAUAUUGUCAUUGUGGGGGUUUGAAUAUUUUCUUUUAGGGUCAUUGAUAUAUUCUUUCUCUUUUGUAACUUAUGCCACAAAUGCUGUUAUAACAGCAAAAUUCAUGCUGUUAUUUAUGCUAAGCAUAGAUAAUUAUGUAAAUAGUUCUAAGAAAUAAAAUAGGAACUCUCUAAGGUGUUGUUACAGCAAAAUAGUUGCAAUAUUACCAUUUAGCAUAAAAAUAUUUAAAAUAUGCAAUCUGGAAUUAUAUGUUAGUUUUGUUAUAGUUUUUUGUCUAGGAUUCUACUUUUAUAAAUAGAACAUGACAACAGGAAAACCUACACUCAGGCCAGGUUGUAAGAAUAAAAAAAUUGGAACUGGAUUUAAGUAUGUCACUGUCGUGAUGUUAUGUUAUGGUAUCCUAGACUUGUGAACAAGAAGUUCGUAGUUUAUAAGGGGUCCCUCAUGCCAAUCAUUGAAGUAUCACUCAGGAUGCAACCUAACUUCAAAGUACCUAUUUACUGGUUGAUGAACAGGGACAGUGGGUGUAAAGAGACAUGUCCAGAUGUCUUGCUAUGUCCAGGGAUCAAGCCAAGGACCUUUCAGUUGUAAGCUCACUAUUCUGACCACUGAGCUAUGGUAAUGGUACAAAGCUUUUGGUAUUUUUUAUAAAAAUAUUUAUAUGUACAUUUGUUUUAAAUCAUAUUUUGGGUAAUUUGGCAAUAAAUUUAAAUGGCAAUC